AUGCAUGGACCAAAUGCUCUUCGUGAUAAUGCACCGGUAAAAUCCGCCAAACGUCCGCGUACCGAAGAAAUAUCGAAAUCGUUUCCACCGUCAAUGAAAUUUUCGAAAAUUGAUGCACCGAAACCACGAAUGGGCCUGAAUGUUGUACAUAAACCGACACGUGAAGAAAAACCGAUAUUUAAAAAGGCAAUUUGGAUAUCUGGAUUCGAUCCAAUGACAACGGAACAGGAAAUCAUGGAUUACAUCGUCGAAGACACACCGGUUAAAAAUAAAGAAAAGUUCCGCGUGCAUAAACUCGUUAAAAAAGGCCAAGAUGCCUGGGAAUCCGAUGUUUUUGUGAGAGAAUUUGUUCAGAACACCACCAUGGGCGAUUUUCUAUACCCGGCACUCAACGCGAAAAACGGCCACACAUCAACGGCAUCGGAUCAAAUGGAUAUAGUCGAUUUGAAUACACAAAGCAACACACAAACGAAACAAAUGGAAUCGCCAUCGAAAAAAUCACCGGAAGCAUCGAACAAAACACUGUCAAAGGCAUAAUACCAUCGCAUCAGCAAAAUGAACACU